AUUUAGUAAGACACAUGGAACGGCUGACAUGGAGUUUAUAGCCGCACACCAAUCAUACACUUCAUUUGCUGUUAUGGUUUGCCUUCUUGACCAUCUCAAAAUUCUGAAUUCUGAAGUUGGUCGUUUGGUACUUUCUACUACAAUUGUAGCUGAUUUGGUGGGUCUGAGUUUCUCCUUGAUAAUUACUGUUAUUGAAAAUGUUCGAAGCCAGGGUGCUUUGAAUGGCUUGAUGACUUUUGCUAUGGCGAUUGGAUCGUUGGUCCUUAUUGUGUUUUUGUUUCGUCCUGCGAUGCUCUGGAUUGUUAGGUCUACACCAAGUGGGAGGCCUGUGCCGGAUGGAUACAUAUGCAUCAUCAUUCUAUUGGUGCUUGUAUCUAGUGUAACUUCUAACAUUAUGGGACGAACCGUUUAUUCAGGACCAUUUAUCUUGGGUUUGACUGUGCCUGAAGGACCACCUUUAGGAGCCAGUCUAGUGAAGAAACUGGAUAGCAUUAUUACAUCGGUUUUCGUUCCGCUCUUUGUCACUAUUUCUGUGAUGAAGGUUGAUCUUUCAUUCCUUUACUACGAUGGAGAAUUUUUGAUCCAUUCUAUUAUUGUGAUCUUUAUAUCCAGUAUUGGAAAAUUGGCUGUUUCUGUUGGUACUGCUCUAUAUUUCAAGAUGUCUUCUCAUGAUGCCUUGGCAUUUGGCCUCAUAAUGUGUAGCAAAGGCAUUGUAGAGCUUGCUGCUUGCUCUUACUUUUAUGACAGCAAUUUAUUAUAUGAGCAGACUUUUGCAGUGUUAAUUGCUGAUAUUUUGAUUUUCUCGAUACUGAUGCCGAUGGUCGUGAAAUGGUUCUAUGAUCCUUCAAGAAAAUAUUCUCACUACCAGAAAAAGAACAUUCUCAAUUUGAAGCCUGAUGCUGAGUUGAGCAUACUAGGAUGCAUUCAUACGCAGGAUGGUCUUCCUGUUUUGCUUAACCUUCUCGAUGCAUCAUGCCCAACCGAGGAGUCUCCUAUUUCUCUUUAUGCUCUUCACCUUGUAGAAUUGGUUGGUCGAGCUACGCCGGUUUUCAUCACACAUGAGCUUCAUGAACAAAAAAGUUCAUCCGAAGUGAUGGUCUCAGAUAGUAUUAUUCAAAUGCUUCGCAAGUACGAAAUGAGGAACGAAGGUGUUGUAUCGAUUGAGGUAUUCACAGCAAUUGCUCCGAUGAAACUAAUGCACGACGACAUCUGCACCGUAGCGGUUAACAAGCUCACUUCCAUUAUAAUUCUUCCAUUUCAUCGAAGAUGGACAAGAGAAGGAUUCGUGGAUUCAGAGGAUAGCACAAUAAGGGCAUUAAAUUGCCAAGUCCUUGAGCGAGCACCGUGCUCAGUGGGAAUCCUCAUUGACCGUGGCCAUCUUUCGAGCUAUCGUUCGUUUGGAGGUUCUUGUGCAUCGUUAUUACAAGUUGCAAUGGUUUUUCUUGGUGGUCAAGACGACAGGGAAGCAUUUUCGUUUGCUAGACGCAUGGUUAAAGAGGUGAGUAGUGCUCAACUCACAGUGAUACGGUUAAUUGCAGAAGAUGAGAGCAUAAGCCAUUGGGAGAUGGUUCUUGACACGGAACUGUUGAACGACGUGAAGCAUAGUUUUGUAGGGGGCGAACCUUUCAGAUAUGUGGAAAGGAGAGCGGAUGAGGGAUCAGAGACAGCAACAAUAAUAAGAUCUAUUGGUGAUGAAUAUGAUCUUAUCAUAGUUGGAAGAAGAGAAGGAAUUGAUUCACCACAAACUUCAGGUUUGAUGGAAUGGAAUGAGUUUCCUGAACUUGGGAUCAUUGGAGACAUGCUUGCCUCUGCUGAUUCACAUUUUAAAGCCUCCACCUUGGUGGUUCAACAACAACAACAAUGGUCAUUCUAUAAACAAUGAUCAAUCAAUUACAUCCAUUUUUAGUGUUUUUAUUUUGGUAUAAUUUAAGAGCAAUACUUGAGUGUAUUCUUGGUUGUACCCGUCUUUCUGCAACACACUCCAAUUAUACCCAACAAAAAAAAUUGAGAAACUGUAAUUGGGCAAUAAAAAGAGUUGCAAAAAGAUAGGUGGAGCUAAUGUUGUACCAACAUUCUUUUUUUCAUUCAUAUUUUAAUGUAUCAUAGUUUUAGGCCAUAUUGUUGAUUGGAACAAAUCUAUUUUUUACCUUUCUGAAGUUGUUCUUUACACGGUGGUCUUCAAUUAA